AUGUCGUUAGGCAGCUGGGUUGCAAAACCAGGAGUAGGUGUUCACUAUGUUCCAAGUCCAGGAGAAGUUGAUGCAUCUAUUGUUAAUGUAGAAUUGAAUUACAGUGAAACACUAUGUUUGGAACUUCUGCUUGUGGACUGUGCCACUCAUGUUACACAAGGAGACGAGAUGGUGUGCGGAUCCGACGGAACUACCUAUGCCAAUCACUGUAAAUUUACCCAUGCUACAUGCGAGUUUCGCCAUGCACCUACGCCAUUAAGUAUUGCUCACUAUGGUGACUGCACAAGAACAACACUAGCACCAUCAACAGUAGCUCCCACGACAACCAUUGCCGGUAUGACGUCCACGGUGAUGGCGACAACCUCGACGGACUCAAUCGCCAAUAUUGUACAAAAUGUGUUCUGUCGAAAUAUUGAUACCAUCAAUUGUGGAUUUGAUUUCAAACUUAUCUGCGGAUCCGAUGGGAAAUUAUAUCCAAAUCAAUGUGAGAUGUCAAAACAAAAAUGUAAUGACCGGUCACUUACUGUGGCUGACAGGUCUUUCUGUACCUUAUAAAGAUGAUAGUUUAUGAAAACAUUUUGUGUAUCAUAGAAAAAAGACAAAUACAAAUACGUUAUUG